AUGGAACAGCAAUGGACAGAAGAACAAUACGAAGCGGCCCUAGCAAAACUGGAAGCCCUCACCGACCAACUAACAGCACUACGCACAACCAUCCCCGCCAUCAUCUCCCCUCUCACACGACCCGCAACCUCGAAACCCGCUGCAUUUGCUGGAUUAAAGAAAGCUGCCACUGGAGCUGUGAUUGGAGUCCAGGAUCUGAGGAGAGAAUGGCUGAGUGAUGGUGUGCAGGAGAUUCUGAAGAGAGGGAGGGAGAGUUAUGAGAAAGACGGGGAUUUGGGAAAGGCUGCCGAGGUGCCGGUUUGGGGUUGGGUGAAGGAGAAAGAUGAGGAAGAGCAAGGUGAGGUCAAGAAGGAGAGUGAUGUUGCUGGAUGA